AUGAUAAUCGAUGAAGCAAUCAAUACUAGCCAAUUGGAGUCUAGUCCUUCGAGUAAUUCGUUGUUUCAAAGACUUUCCUCCGGUCUUAACUCGAAUCCUUAUUUUAAUGCUGGCGCUGGCUUAGCCGGAAUCGGGCUCGCAAUGGGAUUCUUGCGAAGGUCGGCACAAAUAGGAAACACUUAUUUUAGGAGGAGAUUUAUGAUUUCUUUACAAAUCAAUAACGAGGACGCUGCCUAUCCGUGGCUAUUAGAUUUCAUAAAUAAGCGAAGUGCUAUGCAGACUCGGAAUCUUGCGGCAAAUACAGUAGUGCAUCAAUCAGAAAGUGGUAAAACGUCCCUUCAAAUAUCAUUUCUUCCGGGACACGGAACCCAUUUCUUUGUCCAUGAUUAUAGAUGGAUAAAAGUCGAACGACAACGUGAAAAGCAAGUUAUUCAAAGAGAUGGAAUAAGAACGCCAUUUGAGACAGUUACGCUUACAACAUUAGGCACAGAUGUUAAUUUUUUCAAAAAAAUGUUGGAACAAUCUGCGAAAGAUGCUCUCGAUAAUGCGGAAACUGGACUGGUAAUAUAUCAAGCAGUUGGACCACAAUGGGUACGUUUCGGAGUUCCUCGGAAGAAAAGAGAUAUCGAUACCGUAAUUCUUGAUGGAAAUAUCUGCAAGGAGCUUGUUAGCGAUUUCAAAGAAUUUAUUAGUUCUGCUGAAUGGUAUUCGGAUCGCGGUGUUCCCUACAGACGCGGUUAUCUGUUCUACGGGCCUCCUGGUACAGGAAAAAGUAGUUUUAUUUCUGCACUUGCAAGUCACUUUGGUUAUAGUGUUUGCCUAUUGUCAUUGAGUGAAAGAACUUUAGACGAUGAUCGACUGAAUCAUUUGUUGAAUACAGCUCCUCCGAAUAGUGUGGUUAUUCUUGAAGACAUUGAUGCGGCGUUUGUCAGUCGCGAAGACCCAAUGGCAAAUCAUCCGGCUUAUCAGGGGCUUUCAAGAGUGACGUUUUCCGGACUUCUGAACGCUUUGGAUGGUGUAGCAUGCGCUGAAGAACGAAUCACGUUCAUGACGACAAAUUAUGUUGAAAGAUUGGAUCCGGCGCUGAUUCGACCGGGAAGAGUCGAUCGGAAACAGUAUUUCGGAAAUGCAACCGAAAAUAUGAUGCGAAACAUGUUUGUCAAGUUUUAUUUGAUUUCCGAAGAAUCUGAAUUAGCCGAGGAAUUUGUGAAUCGUAUGAAGUCUUUUCAAACAGAAGUUUCGCCGGCAACUUUACAAGGACAUUUCCUGAUGCACAAAAGAAGUCCGAGAGAUGCCAUUAAUAGAUUAGAAGACAUUUUUUAA